GAGACCGCGAGAGGCCGCGGGCUGGAGGCUGGGGCUGGCCCGCGGGGUGCGUGCCCUCCGGCCAUGGAGGACGAGCUGAGCUUCUCGGACAUCUACGGCGGCCGCCUGGCCCUGCAGCGCCGCUGCUACUCGCCGUCCUGCCGCGAGUUCUGCCUGAGCUGCCCGCGGCUCUCGCUGCGCUCGCUCACCGCCGUCACCUGCUCCGUGUGGCUGGCGGCCUACGGACUCUUCACCCUCUGCGAGAACAGCAUGAUCCUCUCUGCUGCCAUCUUCAUCACCCUCAUAGGCCUGCUUGGUUACCUCCAUUUUGUGAAGAUUGAUCAGGAGAGUCUGUUAAUCAUUGAUUCCCUGGGCAUCCAGAUGACUUCAUCCUAUGCCUCUGGCAAAGAAAGCACCACCUUCAUUGAGAUGGGCAAGGUGAAGGAUGUUAUCAUUAAUGAGGCUAUUUAUAUGCAGAAGGUGAUUUACUACCUUUGCAUUUUAUUGAACGACCCAAUGGAACCAAAUGGGAUAUCCCAAGUAGUACCUGUCUUCCAGAGUGCCAAGCCCCGGCUGGACUGCUUGAUUGAAGUGUACAGGAGCUGCCAGGAGAUCCUGGCACACGGGAAAGCCACAUCCACAAGCCCAUGAGCCCCAGCACUCAGAAGGCCAGGCUGUCUUCCGUGGGAAAGGACUCCUAAGCCCGUGCGCUGGUGUUUUUUGCUGUAUUCAAACCAUCAUGUGGACACGGCCCUAGGAGCCAGGAUGGAUGCAGUGGAUCUGAGAGCCACAGAGCAGGUGACUGGAACUCGGCUCAUUGUGUGAUGUUGAGCAAAGUGUUCCUGGUAUUUCAGUGCUCCUCUCGUAAGGUAUGUGUAUGUUACCAACUGAGAGGAGACCGUAAGAAACGGUCUGUCAAAGGCCAUGUUGACAAAGAGCACUUUGCGAAUUUUCUAAGCACAUUCAAGUUGACUUUUUGUUGAAUUUUGUGGAGCAAGACAAUGGGAAAUGGAUAUCAGAUCUCUUGAGAAAGACAAUUUCCAGCUAUAUAAAAGUUAAGUAAAUAGUCCAGCUCUUCAGGCACUGGGUUAGUGGGAAGAAAUGUCCCAGAAGACUAGACUCUGUCCCCCUAGCUCCUUUGUCUGUAUAGGGUUAAAUAUGAUGAAUCUCUUAAUAAACAGGUCUCCUUCCUAAA